AUCACCUGCGAAACUAUACGUUCCAGAAAAGCAUUUCAAAAUAUACUGGACUGUGACCAGCUACUACAUCCUGUAAAUGUGAAGGAACCUGAACACUAAUGUAUGGCAUUCCAUUUGCGGUCACUUUUGCCACUGUAAAAGCCAGGCUUUCCCUGUUUCGGGAACAUCAGUUUACAUUUCUAGUCCAAACAACAUUAAUAUAUAGCACACUAUAAAAGAGAAGCGGAAAACAUGAGGCUAUGCUUAUGUUAAAGGGAAGGAUUUGAUGAACUUGCAGCAAUUUCACACAUCCGGUGACUAGGAGUAUUUUCUCUUGAAAACCUCAUCUAAAUACAAACCAAGUGUUCGCUGUGGAAGAAUUGUUGACCUUAAGAGAAGCCGAAGUACAUAAGAGUUUGCAAUAUAACAAAUGCAAGGACGUCCCCCCCCCCACUUUUUUCCAGAAUCAAAGCUGGAGAAAUAUUUCUCAGUCACUCAGUUAUUGCUAUGCAGCUUUAAGCAGGCAGGGGAACACUCGUUUUGAGGAUACUGUGGAUUCGUUUUGCUUUAUGGACACUGAUUAUCAAGACUUAACAACACCUGCAAGCUAAUUUUUAGAUGUUUUUAUUGGACGACGAGAGAGAAAGUUUGAAAUUCAAGUCCACUGGUGCGUGAACCCAUAUGUUCCAAGACACACUGAAACAUAAACAACUGGCGGUAUAUUUAAUAGCUUGCCUUCCACGGCUGCCAACCUAAGUGACCCUCUCUGAAAGUAGCCCUUCUGCAUUAUGAAGAAUUUCUCAUUUUCCAAAGAAGACUAUGAGCCUGGCAUUCCUUUCAUUCCCGGUUUCCUCAACUCCACAAAUGCACCAGCUCUUCCCGAAAGGCAGUCGAGAAAUGAACAAUUAGCUCUGGUAGAAAUCGCUGUGCUGGGGAUAAUAUUUGCGACAGCGUCUGUGGGCAACAUCAUCCUCAUCCUGGUGUUAUGGAGGAGAAGAAUGAAGCUGUCUAGGAUGUAUGUGUUCCUGCUUCACCUGAGCAUUGCAGACCUGAUGGUUGCAUUCUUCCAAGUCCUUCCGCAGCUCUUUUGGAAAAUUACAGAUGUUUUCAUGGGCCCAGACAUUCUGUGCAGAACCAUCAUUUAUCUCCAGCUGUUGAGCAUGUUUGCCUCCACUUAUAUGAUCGUGGUUAUGGCAUUGGAUAGAUACCAAGCGGUUUGCCACCCCAUGGCCUCUUUUCCAAAGAAGGCGGCCCUUUGGAACCCUCCGAUCUGCACAAGCUGGUUCAUUUCUCUGGUCUUCAGCGUCCCCCAGGUAUUUAUCUUUCGGAAGAGAGAGGUAUCCCCAGGCAUCUUUGACUGCCAAGCUGACUUCAUUGAACCCUGGGGCACAAAGGUGUACGUGACUUGGAUUUCCAUCGCUAUUUUCUUCCUCCCCGCAGCUGUCCUCAUCGUAUGUCAUGUGAGGAUCUGCAGAGCAAUUCAAAUGCAUAUGCAUUUGAAAAGCUGCAAUGAAUUGGAAGUGACGAAUCAGAAGCAAAUACAGCCAUGCCAGGGAAACAAUGCAAGUUGUACAUCGAAGGCUAUGAUCAAGACUAUAAAGAUGACAGUGGUGAUAGUUGUGGCUUAUAUUUUCUGUUGGUCACCUUUUUUCAUCGCACAGCUGUGGACUGCCUGGCACCCCAGUGAUGCUAGGACUGAAGGUCCAGUAAUAGCCAUUCUUAUGCUCCUAGGGAAUCUUAACAGCUGUGUUAAUCCAUGGAUUUAUAUGUACUUUUGUGGUCAAAUACCACGUUGUUCAAAAAAAAUACAGGACAACGCUGCAGCUCAUGAAGAAUCUACCAUUACAGGCAGUGUUAACUUGGGAGAGAAAGAAUCUGAAGACAAUAUCACAUCUGUGUAAUUACUAUAAACUCCUGCCUUUUCGGCUUAUGUUUGUUUCACUGAACUAUUUUUCUAAUAUGGGUAUGUGCACAUGUGGUAAGAAACAUUAUUUCUUUAUAUAUGUAUUUCCUUAAUUUUGAAGCAAAUAUAUUCAAGGUUUAAAAAUUCCCAGCACAGUGUAAAAGGCAUGCUGUAUGUGAAUAUAUUUGCAUGCCAAGUGCUGAACACCAUACAUACCAAGGUACAUCUCAAACUACACACAUUCAUAGGCUCCUCUCAAUUCUGUAUCCUCCUCCAGCAAGUUUAGUGAACGUACUAUAAUGUCUCUAAGGUACCUUUGCCACGGUAAAUGCAUAUCUCAACUCUCCUAAGGUUGUUUUCACAAAUUAUACCAAGCACACUUCUUUUAGUAAUAUGACAAUACAGCAGGCUUUAGAGAAGCGUGGGGGAACUUCUGUCUCUAGAUAGGUUUUUGUACUCCAAUUCCCAUCAGCGCUAGCCAUCAUGUCCAUGUGGCCU